CUCUCUUUGGUAAUCGCUUUUUCUAUCUCUGGACAGUCAUACUUAUUCCUUCUUAUCCUCACCCCCAUGCCCCCUGAAAGAGACCAAAGCACAAACCCGACAGGAAGGCAAAAGUCCUGCGCACGAUGUGUCAAGUCCAAGCGGAGAUGCGACUUAACGCAGCCCAGCUGUCUCCGCUGCACCCGUCAGCACUUUACGUGUUCUUACCCAUCUCGACCUGCGUUCAACGCGAUCCCUGUCGCUGAAGACAAUUCGCCUAUGCCGGAUAGCAGCAUAGAUAAUGUGGCAUCCCCUUUUGAUAUGUCUUUGAUUCAGGGUCAUCGAAACACAUCUGUACAGAGCCGUCAAGACACGUGCCUUUUGGACCUUGAUGUGAAUGCGGGUCUUGAAAGUAUUGGCAUUCUUCACGACCUCAGGAAUACAUCGCCUAUGCCGGAGAAUCAGCAAACGAUCAUACGGUCUAUACGUGUUCCACAGGCUGGGGAGUGUAGAUGGGAGCUCACGCCUUCGUCUUAUGCGCGAAUCAGCUAUGCUAUCGAUCGGAUGAAGCAGGCUCCUGCUACGAUGGUCUUGGAGAACCAAACGCCCUGGUCACAUCCGCUUCUUUAUGAAGAUUGCAUGCCUCGAGUACUUCAAGAAGCUCACGCAACUUGCGCCUUAUACCUUGCCCGAAACGAGACCAAUUCAGCAUUCUUCGCUCGCCACGUCAUAGACCGCGUCAAAGAGCUCACCUCCAGUCCACCCCCAACCGCACCCCUAGAUAUCCUCGCCCGUGCACACGCACUGAUACUAUACCAAGCCAUAAACGCCUUCAGCGGUGACCUGCAACUAAACGCGCACGUAUGCCCCACCUUCCCUCACCUCGAAGAAUCCAUCUACGCCCUCUACGCCUCCCUCCAGUCAUCCGAAACGCCCCCUAGCCCCACCCUCAUCUCCCUCUACCCCGCCACCACCGCCCGGCAGGCCUGGCGCGCCUUCAUCCUGCGCGAAUCCUCCCAACGCACCCUCCUCAUCCUCUGCCAGUUCAUGAUCCUGCUGCACCUGCUCCAGGGGCGCUCUUACUGCUUCGACCACGCAUGCGUCACGAGCAAGAUCACGACGAGCGCGCAUCUGUGGAACGCGGGGUCGACGAUUGAGUUUGCGAGCGCGUGGAACGAGAAGCGGCAUUUCUUGGUGGCGGAUCUGGAUUUUAGCGAGGUGUUGGAGGGGGCGGGGCCGGAGGAUAUUGAUGUUUUUGGUAGGAUGAUUUUGGUGACGAUUUUGGGGCGAGAUGAUAUGCUGGGGUGGUUCGCGGAGAGGGGGGGUGUGUUUUAG